GAGAUGGAGGGCAGAGAUGCAGGGACGGGAGGAGAGAGACAAACAGGAGGAGAGAGAUGGGGCAGAGACGCAGGAAAUGGGGAAGAGAGAGGCUGAGGAACAGAGACUUGGAGACAGGAGGAGAGAGAUGGGCAGAGAUGCAGGGAGAGGGGAGGAGAGAGACAUAGAGGCAGGAGAGAAAUGGGACAGAGAGGGAGGGCAGAGACCCAGGGAGGGAGGAGGAGAGAGCCUUAGAUGGUGAGGGGGACAGGUAGGGUUUAGGAGAUAGCUCAGCCUGCAGCACCCCAGACUUUCAGGCCUCAGAGGCCCCAAGUUCAGUCCCUGUCGCCACCAUAUACUAGACCCAAGACAAGCUCUGCUAUCUCACUAAAACUUAAAUUAAACUUAAGCUAGGGAUGUUGGGAAGCAGAGGCCCAGAAGGAAAGAGAAAUGGAGAGACAUAAAGAAAAGGGAGGAGAAGGAUCCGGGCUGAGCCCUGUCUCCACAUGCAGGCGGAGGUGCUUCAUGAGUGGCCGAGCAGAGCUCUGUCUGUCUCUUUUCCUCUUUCUUUCUCUCCUUUUCUCUCUCAAUUUCUGUCUUUAUCCAGACAAAAAAAAAAAAAAAAAGAGUCCAGGUGGGAGUGGGGACAGACUCUCAGGAGAUGAGAGAGGCUUGGAGUGGUAGUGCAGGGCUGUGGAGAGAGAGUCAGAGACCAGUAGUCUCAGGAAUGUACAUCGGGCAGUGGUGUGUGUGUUGGGAAGGGGGCUGCCUUCCUCCAAGCCCUUCCCCCCCCCCCAGAUUAUGAGGAGAGGGCCCACCUGCAUGACACCUUCUCUCAGAUGACUCACUCCCUGGAGGAGAUAGCCACGGCCCAGGGGUCCUUUGAGGUCGCCUUCCCUGAUGCUGUGGAGAAAGUGCAGAAGGUUAUUAUGCAGCUUAAAGAAGCCCCACCCUGCAUCCCUCCCUGCGGGCUCCAGGAGGCUUCUCGGCGCUUCCGCUGCCGUGGGUGCUACUCUGCUCUCUGUGACCUCCCGCUGGACUGUCCAGUGCAGGAUGUGACAGUGACUCGGGGUCACCAGGCUCUGUUCUCCUGCACCGUGGACUUUCCACUGCCCAAGGAAGAGAUCUCCUAUUCCUGGAAGUUUGCAGCAGGAGCUUCGGACCCAGGACCAGACGUACUUCCGAGACUUACCGCGCUCGAGCGGGUACCUGGCGCGCAUCCGGCCGGUGCAGCCCGAGCACCGGGGCACCUUCUCCUGCGUGAUCGCUCACGACCAGAGGCUGCUGGCGCGGCUCUACUUCUUCCUGAACGUGACCGGCCUGCCCCCGCGCAGGGAGACCAAGCUGCAGGGCGCCUUCCGGGACGUGCUGCGCUGGGCGCCGCGGGAGGCGGUGGAGAUGGAGCCCUGGAGGCCCAGCCUGGGCGAGCUGCUGGCCUCGCCCGGGGCCCUGACGCCCCGAAACCUGCUCCUGAUGGGCGCCCUGGGGGCCUUCGCAGCCGCCUGUGUCACCAUGCUGGUAUGGUCGUUUAUUCGAUGGUAUUGCAGCGGCUAAUGACAAAGGACUUCAGAUGCAACUAUCAACACAAGAUAAAUACAGCUCCAGGUCUCAGACUUGCCAGUUCAGCACCCUCCUCACAGCACCCCCUCCUGGUGAGCGUCCCUGUUUUCUUUUUUUUUUUUAUUUCUUUAUUGAGGAAUGAAUGCUUUACAUUUAAAUACAAUCGUUCGUACAUGCAUAACAUUUCCCCAUUUAAUAUAACAAUACAACCCCCACUAGGUCCUCUGUCAUCCUUUUUGGACCUGUAUUCUCCCCACCCACCCACCCCAGUGUCUUUUACUUUGAUGCGAUACGCCAAUUCCAAUACCACAGCCCCGCUCAGCUCCGGCUUGUGGUGGUGCAGAGGACUGAACCUGGGACUCUGGAGCCUCAAGGCAUGAGUCUCUCUGCAUAACCAUUAUGCUAUCAAACCCAC